AUGACCACUAUUGCGUCAGAAUACUCUUCAGAGGCGUCAAAUACUCCCAUUGAACAUCAAUUCAACCCUUAUGGAGAUAAUGGUGGUACCAUUCUGGGUAUCGCAGGUGAAGAUUUCGCGGUGUUGGCGGGUGAUACGAGAAAUAUCACCGACUACUCAAUCAAUUCUCGUUAUGAGCCUAAGGUAUUUGACUGUGGUGAUAAUCUAGUCAUGUCAGCCAAUGGAUUUGCGGCUGAUGGAGACGCCUUGGUGAAAAGAUUCAAAAACAGUGUAAAAUGGUAUCAUUUCGAUCACAACGACAAAAAGCUAUCGAUAAAUUCUGCUGCCAGGAACAUUCAACAUCUUCUGUAUGGUAAAAGAUUCUUCCCUUACUACGUCCAUACCAUCAUUGCAGGCCUUGACGAAAACGGUAAGGGCGCCGUCUAUUCGUUCGACCCAGUUGGUUCCUACGAGAGAGAACAGUGUAGAGCGGGCGGUGCUGCAGCAUCUCUAAUCAUGCCGUUCUUGGACAAUCAAGUGAAUUUCAAAAACCAGUAUGAACCAGGCACGGAUGGCAAGGUCAAGAAGCCCUUGAAAUACCUGUCCGUGGAGGAAGUCAUCAAAUUGGUGAGAGAUUCGUUUACUUCAGCUACGGAAAGACAUAUUCAAGUCGGUGAUGGGCUGGAGAUCCUCAUCGUCACUAAAGAUGGUGUAAAAAAGGAAUUUUAUGAGCUGAAAAGAGAUUAA